AUAAAGUCAUGCAUCAUAAGACAGACUGAUCAUCUACAGAGAGAAAUGAAGAGCAAUAUGGUUGUUAUUUUAGGGGUUUUUGUGGCAAUGUUUGUGCAAAGUGUGGCAACACAGAAAGUGCAUGUGGUGGGAGAUAACAUGGGUUGGACUAUUCCAGGAUCUGGGGCACAAGAAUAUGUAAAUUGGGCUGCUACAAACAACUUCACGGUUGGUGAUACACUCGUUUUCAACUUCAUCACCGGUGUACACAACGUUGUCCAAGUAACGAAGGCAUCAUUCCACUCAUGCAACGAAGAAGAACGAAUUGGCUCAUCCCUCACAACUGGCCCAACAAACAUCACACUCACCUCCGCAGGCGACCACUACUACAUCUGCAAUUUUAGCAAUCACUGCCAGGUAGGCAUGAAGCUAGCUGUCACCGUAUCCAGUGCUUCCCCAGAAUCGCCACUGCAAGGAACUGUGUAUCUAGUCUUUGGUGUAGUUUUUAGCAUACUUGUUUUCUCUCCCUUCCUAGAGAUUUUCCGGCCACGAGGAAAAGUCAAGUCCUUCGACUCCAACCAUGGGAAGACAAAGUCAACAGAGACCCCGGGAUCACCUUUACCGACUUAUCUAUGUCGUUACUUUCCACUGGCUGAGAUUAAAGCCGCCACCCAAAACUUUAACGAGACUUUGGUUAUUGGUGUUGGCGGGUUUGGCAAUGUGUACAAAGGGUGUAUUGAUGGUGGUGUCACUCCUGUUGCUAUCAAACGGUUGAAACGGGAAUCAUCACAGGGGGCCCGUGAGUUCAAGACGGAAAUCGAGCUGCUUUCCCAACUCCGCCACCGCCAUUUGGUUUCACUCAUUGGUUACUGCUCCGAUAAUGGCGAGAUGAUCUUGGUUUAUGAUUACAUGGCACGAGGCACUCUCGGUGACCAUCUCUAUCGCACUGGUAACCUUAAACCUCUUCCUUGGGAACAACGACUCCAAAUUUGUAUUGGCGCAGCACGAGGUUUGCACUACCUUCACAGUGGUGCCAAUGGCUCCAUUAUUCACCGUGAUGUUAAGAGCACAAAUAUUUUAUUGGAUGAGAAAAUGGUCGCCAAGGUUUCAGAUUUCGGGUUGUCAAAAAUGGGCACGAUUAACACGUCCAAAACGCACAUCAGCACGGUGGUGAAAGGUAGUUUCGGGUAUCUAGACCCAGAAUACUUUCGACGUCAACAGCUAACUGAGAAGUCUGAUGUGUACUCAUUUGGAGUGGUUUUGUGGGAGGUAUUGUGUGCGAGGCCAGCUUUGCUGCAUACGGUAGAGAGUAGGCAAAUCAACCUCGCUGAGUGGGCCAAGAGUUGUCAUGGAGACGAGACACUUGACCAAAUCAUUGACCCAAAUGUGAAGGGUCAAAUUGAAGUCGAGUGCUUGAACAAGUUCAUUGAGAUUGCUAUAAGUUGCUUACAUGAUAAAGGAAUCGAACGACCGUCGAUGAAUGAUGUUGUGAAGGGCCUUGAGUUUGCACUGCAGCUUCAUCAAAAGAGCAUUGGAAGUAAGGGUGACAAUACCAGUAGCACCAAGCAAAGUUGUGCUACCAAUGAAUCCAUACAACAUAUAUCUGUGACAAUCUUCUCUGAGAUCAAUGAAUCAACUGGACGAUGAUGAGCACUAUUUUACAAAAUGUGAGCAAUAUUCUGAAAAUGAUAUCUCGAUAGGAUUUAUGUAUACAUGUAUAUUGUU